AUGGAAGGAGGACGUAUCAAUCAGUAUCACUGCCUUGCACCGUCUCCCGAGGGUGACACGAAGCAAACCUUGUUAAACAAGCUUUCUCAUUCAGCAUUCAUUAUUGUUCCAGCUGACAUUAAAUAUUUAUUGUAAGAAAUAUACUCAGAGAGCCAUCACAGAAUUCAGUAAAGUACCAAUAGCUUUUUCCAGCAGCAUUUGUCCUGGCUGCAGGGUAAAUCAGUGCAGUUAUGGGGCACAAGCACUAAAAAUCCCAUGAAUAAUGCCUGGUUUCUAACAGAGUGUAUGUAAAUGAUUUAGUGUGCACUUUCAUGCAGGUAGAGGCCACUUCAUUCCAUCUGAACAGGUUCUUUAAUUCAGUGUUUACUCUUAUUUAACUUUGCUAUUUAUAUACACUACAUGGAUGGUGGUGGGGCCUGGUGUGAGCAAAUAAAAACACAGUUCAUUCAUUUUGGUAACUAAAAUGUGUUUGUAUUGAUAGAUAUAUUUAUAUUUCAUUAAGUCUUUAAAAUGUUCCAUGGGGGUUAAACUUUGGGAAGCUGGAUUUACCAUUGAAUUUACCUUCUUCAAAUAACGAUUGCUCUCAUCGGUUUAAGCCUUGAGAUUCUUCCUGAUAGUCGCUACCUCUGAGUUGAACUCAUUAGACACAAGGGUUGUAAGAUUAGCCCUGCUCCCACUUGAGUGAAUGCAUCAAUGUAACAUUCUAUAAGAUCUAAUUAGAUCACACAUCUCAUUAAAAAAUUGUAACGAGCUUUCAUUUUGAAUUAUAUGUUUCUAGGCAAAUCAGCUCUCAUUGAUUGAACACCUAUGAAUUCUCUGAACAAGUAUUCAAAGAUGAACUGUAUAUAUUUGGCAAUAUGUUUGAAUGUUCUAUUUUUUUUAAAUGUGUUAAUCGUGUUAACUUACUGUUUUGCAGACUGUGGACUAAACGUACACAAGCAAUGCUCCAAGUAUGUGCCAAGUGAUUGCCAGCCUGACCUCAAGCGUAUAAAGAAAGUGUACAGCUGUGAUCUCACAACAUUAGUGAAGGCACACAAUACUCCUCGACCUAUGGUAGUUGACAUGUGCAUCCGAGAGAUCGAAGGAAGAGGUCUGUAAUACACUAUUCUUAUAUGUUUUAUUGCAUGUCUUGAGAUAUAUUAUACUGUUGGUUCCUUGAAAUGUCGAACUUUUGCACAGUUACAGCAUUAAAAAAAGUAGAUGGUAUUACAGUACUGUUAAUAUAAUGGCUGCCAUUAAGCUUAGACUUAAUGGCUGUUUAGAGUUAAAGGGAACUUGCAUUCAGUAUGUUACGGACAAGAACUACUGUCACUCGUAGCCAGAGGAACCAUUGGAUUUACAGUCCAAAGCAUCAGGAAGUCUGUUACCUGCAACCCUAACUUCCCCUUCAACCAAAGCUCCCUCUAGCCUUACGCACCCAAACAACUCCUAACAUUGCUAUUCACCUUACCUUCUUCCUUAGGAACACCGUUACUUCCUAUUUGUAUUAUCAUUGCGUAGUAAUAUCACUGUUACGUAUUAGAACUAGCAAUCUCAACAGCAAAUGUUCACUUUACCCAGUUGUUGUUCCAUUAUACAUGGAACGGGUUGCUAGCUACGUUCUUUUCUGCUGCUUAGGAUUCGUAUUUUACCUGGGUUGGAACUACAUGUUUUGAUGAGAAAGUGUGCUAUGCUGGUCCUAUUUGUACAGUACACGGAUUGAUGUAGAAAAUGUCCAUAUGUUAGGACGGUGGAUACGAACCUUUAGCAUUCCAGAAUCGUAAACCACAUUUCCCAAGGUGUUCAAUCUGUGCAAUAUGUGUGUGCAUGUUCAGUAUGUAGUCUUCAGAACUAGAAACAUCAAAGGUUAGAGUCUGUGUGAGAUCUGUAAUGGCCAUUAAUCAAUCAAUGCAUCAUUGAUUUCUGUGGCUUCUCUGCCACUUUACAAUGUUUCUAAGUAAAAAAAAUAAAAAAUCUUAUAGAUCUAGACCUUGAAAAUAAGAUAAACUCAUAAUUAUUGUUGGGAAAAGUAAACACAUUGUGUGAGUCAUAUUGGAGUGUGUGACUUUGAUCAGUGCUGUUCCUUGUCUUCUUUUGUCAGUGAAAACCGAUAUGGAAUUAUAUUAUUUUACACUAUAAAAACUAUACUACAAGUGGCAAGUAGGGCAAUUGGAAUAAUUCAAUUGUGAGCAUGAUCAAAUUAUGUGGCAUACUCUAUCCGAGAAAGUUAGAGAUUUUUCAAUUUGUGCCCAACUUCUAAUGAGCCCGGCAGUAUGAGUUAGUUGCAGUAGAUUUUUUUGCAACUGACUUGCUUUUAGUGAAUAGACAACUCUGAUUUUUUUUUUUUUCCUCCAAUAUGUCUUAUUUUAUUUUCUAUUAUUAUACCCAGAUCAGAAGUUAAUUUUGUGAAUCUUGACUUUUAGAACAAAUCCUCCACUGGGUGUUUCCAGCCGAUCCCCUGUUGCUCGUACUCCGUAUUCACAUUAGAGGGUAGAAAAUAUCUUUGUGUUUCAAAGGGAUUCUUAAAGCAUAAAAACAAACAAAAAAAACACUAAAUCUUAAUGUAGAGUUGUUGGUGCAUAAAGCCUUUUCCAUUUUCAGGCAAUGUGAAACACUAACCUUUCUUCUAAAUGGCAAUAUGUCCAAAACAACAUCUUGUUUGUUUGUUUUAUUAUGUGUAUAAUUUUUACCUAUAAAGGUGAAUAUAAUUUAUAGAGUAAUUAGUCUUCAUUACAAUCACUGGUAAUCGUGGCUGUACUUUCAAAGCGUGGCUUUAAUCUUCGCUCACAUUUUAUCCCACCUCAUUAAGCUUUUUUUCUUCCAGGUCUGAAGUCAGAAGGUCUCUACAGAGUUUCAGGAUUUACUGAGCACAUUGAAGAUGUAAAAAUGGCCUUUGAUCGAGGUGUGUUUCUGCACAGAGCAAUUUUCAGAUUAGAAGUGACAUAUGAUAAGUGGUUUGUAUGCACGAGAUGGUAGCACUGAGUGAUAAAUAUCUGAUUUCCAGAACCUGUGAUAAUCAAAGACAGACAACAUAUAAAUAAUCCUUCUGUUUGUUCUACGGCAAGUUGUAACCACAACUUAAACUGUAGAGUUCUUUUUAUUUAUGUACCACCAGUGAUGAAGGCAUUUAGAGUCUAAUUUAGAGCUUCAUUGGGCAAUUAUUGGACUAAUCAUUUAAUAUCAGAUUGUGUAGAACAACCAGGAGCAGGUAAGUAGAUGGGUGUGUUAAUGUAAAACGUAGUCCCUAGUCACAUAUACACUAGAAAAAAUAGUGCAACACUGUAUAUCCCGAUAAAAUUAUUUCAACAGCAAAAACAUUGAUUUAUGUCACAUAUUUCACCAAGUGAGGGUUCUUUGUCCAGUUUAUAUUAUGUUGUAGUAGUUUCCAAAGAUUAUCUCUCUCUCUGCAAUUAUGCCUCCACAGUGCAUGCUCUGCUAUUACUGUGGCAGAGAGCAGGAGAACCACUUAUGGGAGAGUCCCCUACUCUGGCAUGUCACUCAAUCUUCAGCAUACAUGUAUGCCACUGGUAUAUUGAAAGCACUUUCUGCUUUUUAAUCUAAACAUAAUUUUGGAAGGUCAAUGACAUAGAGCAUAGAUAAUCAUAACUUAAAGGACCACUAUAGUCACCCAGACCACUUCAGCUCAAUGAAGUGGUCUGGGUGCCAGGUCCCCCAGGUCUUAACCCUGCAGCUGUAAACAUAGCAGUUUCAGAGUUUACAUUGCAGGGUUAAUCCAGCCUCUACCUGACAGACGCUAGAGGCACUUCCCCGACGCUCAAUGCGAAAAUCGCAUCGAGCGCGCAGAACAUACGUAGGAAAGCAUUGAGUAAUGCUUUCCUAUGGGUGGUUUGAAUGCGGGAGCUGAUGUCGGAGGGGGAGGAGAGGUCACCAGCGCCAAGGGAGCCCAGCGCUGGAUUAAGGUAAGUGGCUGAAGGGGCCCUGAGGUUGGGGGGGACCUAAGGACUAUAUAGUGCCAGGAAAACGAGUUUGUUUUCCUGACACUAAAGUGGUCCUUUAAUAUUUAAGGUCCAAAAGGUUACACUGUAACGUAUGUAUUCCUCAGAUUUAAAUUUUGUCAAAGGAAGAGCUGUUACUCCACUCAGAUGCCAAUGUGCUGGCAAUCAAGUCACCAUAUAGACACCAUAGGGGUGGUUCUCAAUAUUCUGGGUAGACUUCACAACCAGGGUCAAUUGUGCAGGAGGUAGGGAAGUGGGGGUAGAUGUUAGUGUGAUAUCUGCCCUGGUUGUGGCAGCGGAGGUGAGUAUUUAAUAAUAUAUCCUAAAUAUAUACAUAUUUUACUUUUAUGAUAAAUUAUGCAUGCAUUGAUUAUUGAGGUGUUAUCACCUUAAUUUGGUGACAUUUCACCUUGUAGUCUCCUGAUUAAAUAAUAUCUCUGAGCUAAACAUAAAUAAACUCACUUUCCCUGCAGUUCUAGGAACAGCACUGCUACCUUCCUGGCAUGCACAGAAUAACCUUGGUUAUCUAUCAAAUUACGUCUUUCCUAAUGAAGCGAAAGUUCCUCUUUGAAGACACAGACAAACGUAUGGGUCUAUCCCAUGUAUAGUGAAUAGACGCAAGUCGUUUUAACAUUUUGUGUUGAAACAUUUACUGUCUGUAGAGCAGUGCAGCUCCUUAGAGAAAAGCAUGUUGACAGUAGUUGUUCGAUGAAAACAUAGAUGAGGCCAAUACACACAGAUUUUGCAGUACAGUUACCCUGGGUGUACAGCUUUUCAGAUAUUCCAUUUUUAAUACUCUUAUAUACUUACACUGAUUAUUGAUGGGUAGAGUUACAUUGCGCAAAAGCAACACACUUUGGGGUCAUUAUUGUCCUAUCCAAAACACUAAAACUUGGUUUAGAUUCAAGAGCAGAGCAAUGAUGAAGCCAUGCUAAAAUAUAGACCUAGAUUAGUUUCCAUUUCGACAAAAGACAAGCGCAGUCUGCUCAGUGGAGCAGAAAAUGUCUCCCUAAAAUAUUUAUAAAGACACUUGUUUGAGAAAUAGUUUUGGAUUUCACGAGGAGACUUGCAGUAAAUCCCAUUAUUGACUGACCUGAUCAGCAUUAAAAAAUAUUUAUAGAGUGUAAACACCCAAAAAAUAACAUAUUCUAUUAUUAACAUAGAACGUAAAGUUAAUUGUAUACAUGCAACAUCAUAUAAAGACAAGAACUAAGUUCUGAAAGUACAUCAGUGUGUAUUUAUACAAUAAUCCAUUGCUGAUCGGUCACCUAGUCAGUCUGUACUGGUGAACUAUGUUUCUUACUCAUCUAAUUUUGUACCCUGUGCUACAUAAUUGACCUUGAAACAUUGGUAUUGAUUUCAAGAGGUUCCAUUAAUUUCAGCAAAUUGUUUUGUUCAUUAUAUUAAUAAAAUUUUGCAAUCCGCUGAAAGGGACACUAUAGUCACCAAAACAAUUUUAGCUUAAUGAAGCCGUUUUGGUGUAUAGAUCAUGACCCCGCAGUCUCACUGCUCAAUUAGGAGUUAAAUCACUUUGUUUAUGCAGCCUUACUUACACCUCCUUGCAUGUGACUUAAACAGCCUUCCUAAAUGCUUCCUGUAAAGAGUCAUCUAAUGUUUACACUUCAUUUAUUGCAAACUCUGCUUAGAAUUUCAUAUCCCCUGCUCUAUUAAUAGCUUGCUAGACCCUGCAGGAGCCUCAUGUAUGUGAUUAAAGUUCAAAUUACAGAGCAGGAGAUAAAAAGUUUUCAAGUAAGUUACAUCUGAUUGAAAAUGAAACCAAUUUGUUUUCAAGCAGGCUAUGUCAAUAACAGCCAGGGGAGGUGUGGUUAGGGCUGCAUAAACAGAAACAAAAGUGCUAUAACUCCUAAAUGGCAGAGAGAGUAGUGCCCCUUUAAGUAUGGGUAUUUUGCUGCUCUGCAGAGAUUUAUGGGGCUCGUGCAGCUUUUUUUAUAGACAGUUGUGGGGGGAAAAAGGAAAAUUGAUUGGCUGGGAGUUCUUUAAUGGGUUCAAGUCGACCUCCCUGUAGAAGGAUCAGAGCAUGAGAGUUUGUUGCAAAAGAAGGAAAGGGGAGAAUAUCUUUAUAAUAAUAUAAAAUUAUACAUUAUUUUCAUAGUCCAUUAAAGAAAUAAAAACCUAUCUAGAAAGUCCCUAUAAUUGGUUAUUGCAGUUACACAGUUGAUAUUAUAUGUUCCUCAAAAAUACAGCUAUUUUGUUAUUAUAGCUGUAGUAUAGAGAUUAUGAGCAUGUAUACAGUAUAUUUUUAGUAGUUUGAACAUAAAUACUGCAAGUAACUCUAAUGAGGCUGAUUAUUUCACAUAUUUGAUAUUACACUUAUUUGUGCCACAGCUUGAAUAACCUCCCUUUACACUGUUUGGUAGAUAAAACCCCAAUGAAAUUAUGCUUGUGAAUACCCUGCAAUGCUGCAGAUCUCUUGUCUGAAGUCUUUGCAAGCCCUCCCAUUCUUACCCAGUCUAGACUUUCUGUGCUAACCAAUCACAGGCGUUGCCUGUCUCUUGCGUUUAGCUGCACUGAGCUAAAAAAAACAAACAACUGGAAAUAACAGAACCAGUUGUCUGAUGCCAGAGGGUGUUAAUUUAUAAAAUUACAAGCUAUAUUGAAGUCUUAUAUAUUGAAAAAGAGAACAUGCUGUUCACACAUAAAGCACUUCAGAAAGCUAAAGUGCUUGAGGGGUCUGGAGUGUCACUUUAUAUUCCAUUAUGGAUAUUCUUCCUGUCUGUCAUCCCAUUUUUUACUGAGGAUAGGGAAAGCAAAUGUAAACAUUUUAAAUCAUAUUAUUUUAAUUUUUAAUUUAAUAAUUUGAUAUUAAAAUGUGGAUGUUAUACUUGUCUUCCUUACCUUAUUGGCUGUUUAUUGUUUAUCCGGAUUUCUGUAUUUGUUAAAGCUUAUCUGUUAUCUUUAACUCCGGCCUGGCCUGGACUAUUCUCUCUCUCUAUAUAUGUUAGGAUUUGACAUCUUACCGGGUCCACUGGUCCCCACCUCCAUUACAGCUACAGGACAGCUGAAAGUUCCCUGUCUGAGCUAAAGGUGCAACCGUGCAAGCCUUAUCUCAUUGGCUGAGAGUGAUCAGUUGAAACUAUAAGCCAAUGAGCUAAGCCUGUACCACCUUGUUUAGCUCAGAUACAGAGUUUCCAGCUUGGUGGACCCCAGGUCAGAAGUCAAACCAUCAUCUACAAUGAGUACUUUGUAGUGGUUAUGGUGUUUAGAGUGUUCCUUUAAAACAAGUGCAGAUGUUUGCUCCCCCCGUAUACAUACAGAUUAUAAAUAUAAACACUUGUCACAUGUGAUGAUUGAUUCAAUUCUUUCCCGUCCUGCCUUGGAAGUGUUACAUUAUAGUGACAAAGAGUAGCCAUUUCCAAUAUUGACUAUCCCAACAUAUAAAGCAGAUGCAGCAUGUUUCGGUUCCAGCCCCAGACUGGUACUCAUCUAGUCGGCUUUCACUUGUCUCAUAUUGACCUAGUCAGUUCACAGAGAAAUUAAAUCCAUAGAACAAAAAACAUUUAAUGUCUUUAUAGAUACAGCUGGUGUUCUUGUUCCCAAAGAGGUUUUAUUGUUCCAGGCAGUGCGGUUAAAAGCGUUACGAAUAGCCCAGUGUAUUAUUAUUGUUGCUAUUAAGAAAUAAUCCAGACAAUAUUCUCUGUAAUGUUUGCUUGUUGUCGGAGCUAAAUCCCAGACUUUCACCAAUGUCAGACCAUUUGAAUUAAUCGGUAAUACACAGAACAGGAGAUGUAUUGAUCUUUGUCUUUUGAUGAUAUCACAGCUGGGAAGGAACGGACUGUGAAUAAGGAGAGGAGAAGCAGAGGAGCAAUACAUGUAAAUAAUUAAUAUAUAUCUAUUCUAUGAUCUGCUUGUUAUAUCAACAGACAUAUUAUAUUUUCAGACAUUGUAUUCCAUAGUGUGACAUCACACUGUAAUACAAAUUAUAACGCACAGUGCAAUGAGUCAUUGGGAACCAUGAAAUCUUAGGACACUAGGUUAGUAUGUGUCUCACACUUUAUGCCUUGUUUGGUAUAUUAGCAGAUGAAGUGGGAUAGGUGUAGCCAAAGAUGGUAAUUCCUACCAAUCUCUGUCAGUAUUUGUGUUACUGCUGCAUAAUAAUCUUGACGUUUUACCAUUCGAUCUUCAGUUUCACAAAGUGUCUUACCCAAUAUACCUGCAUGUAUUCACUCUCUCUGUGUAUGGGAAUAUAUUUCCAACUUUAUUGUUUUGUUGUAACAUCAUAGACUUCCAGGGCCAGACUUGCAAUGAAAAGCAUUGGAAAAGAAUUCUAUACCAGCCCCACAAUGCAUUGUGCCAGGAAUAAAUAGGACUGGUUAUCUAAUUGACAACUAAAUUGCCCAUUUCUGUUGAUAUCUGCACUUUUUGUAAAAUUAAAUAAAAAAGAGGACACACUCGUACAAGUAUACAAGCUUUAGGUGUUUGUGGUUUUCCUUAAAUCUGCUACAACCCAAUAUCUGAGAUAUAACUAACUCUUCCUGGAUACAACUGAGAUAGAAACAAUAUACAUAGUAUAGUAAGUAAUUUCAGUAAUUUGCUAUGAUUUUUAAUAUAAUGUUAACUUCUUUAUCCUGUAUAUUAAGCAGCUAUGUGUGAAAAAUAAAUGCAAAUAUAGAAAUCAAGAUGCAUUUAUCCUGCAACUAAGUGCCUCCAUUUUGGCUCCCUGUCAAUCAUUGUUAGAAGUUCAGGACUUUUUGCAUGUAUUGUUUGUUUUAGUUUAUGGUACGCUAUGAUGAUGCAGUAUGUUUGUUCUAGUGUAUGUUUGUUCUUUGUAAUUCAAUAAAAUCUGAAAAUAGUGCAUGUUAUCUUUUGUAUAUGUGAGAAUGUUUUAUGGUUUUCUUACUUUUGCAGAUGGCGACAAGGCUGACAUCUCCUGUAGCACAUACCCUGACAUAAACAUAAUUGCAGGUGCUCUCAAGUUAUAUUUCCGGGACUUGCCUAUUCCAGUGAUAACCUACGACUCAUACUCCAAGUUUAUAGAAGCAUCCAGUAAGUCUAUGCACGUUAAUAUUUAGUAUCAGCAGUUGUUACAUAACUGAGUGGGAGGGAGUGUGCACAAUAUAUUGAGUUAAUAAACUACAUUUAGACAUAUUUGGGUUGAAGGAAAAUCUCUCACGAUGUUUUGUAAAUAACCUCAGAUGUAAUAUAAAUAAUAAAUCCUAAUUAGUUAGCUGUUAGUUUUCCAUUUAUAAAAGUCCCAAAAACCAUCCAGGUCACCCAAUCCCAUGUGCUGACAGUUUUUCUACAGAGCAUGUCUGAAGACGUUAUCCCUUCAGGAAAUAAAAAAUGUCUUCAACCAUCUCUAUACAAAGGAAUCCAAGACCCCAUGUUUGACCGCAAAUAAUGGGUGACCUUGUUUCAACUGCAAUUGCAAAUGUCAUGCUUAAAAGAGGUGCAUCAGAACCAAAUCUCUUGCAAGCACUUCCCACCAUAAUAGUGACAUUAGCAGAAUGGGACAAAUCAAGAGAGUUCUUAUGGAGCUCUCACACAGUUCUCUAGCCAUGUCCAUUACUGUUCUUCCAUUUUUUUUAUUUCAGACUUUAAUUAUAGAGUAUGGGUUUGAUGUGGAAUUAUGUAUUUAAGUAUGUUGCGUAAUGGUGGAGGUUUGAUGUAAUUCUCAAAUCUGGACACCCAAUACACAAUUCCAGGAACAGCAAAUUAUUCUUACAUAUAAGUACGGUUUUUAAAAUCUACUUUAUAAAAUAUUGCACGUCGAUAAUUGCUAUAAAGAAACCUGUAGAAAUCGAAAUAAGCGCUCACUACAAAGAGGAGAGAUGGGUAUGUACAUACACAAAGUAAAAAAUAAAAGGCGGUAUCCUACUUACAAUAUUCCGAGCAAUGGCCGGCUCGGGCGUGGAGAGCAUUGGUGGUAUUAUCUCCACCUAUGAUAUUCAGGAUACGCCUGGAAAUGAUGACAGGAAUGUGAUGAAUAAAAUAAAAAUAAUAAAAUGAAGAUAUACCUUUAAAAUUAUAAAUACUUUAUUAUUAAUAAAAAUAAUAUAUAUAUAUAUAUAUAUAUAUAUCUAUAUAUAUAUGGUAAAUUUGGAGAAUAGUACCAGUACCAACACUUUAUUUGAUUAUUUCUAUAUUAUUUUAUUCAUCACAUUCCUGUCAUCAUUUCCUGGCGUAUCCUGCAUAUCAUAGGUGGGGAUAAUACCACCAACGCUCUCCACGCCAGAGCAGACUGAAUAUAAACUGAUGGAAAUAUAUCUUCUGUUAUAUAUCACCAAUUUCUGUUCAAUCUUAUUGUUUUUGGGGCGCGGUUCAUCACCCUGUUUGCUAUUAUCUAUAAAGAAACCUAUAUCUACCAUACAUGCUUUAUUGAAUGCUACUUCUGACAUUUGUAUCCUCCCAUGUGUUAAAGCAUGGGAAUGGAAUUUUACCAAUCUGAAACUGAAACAGAAUAUCAUAACAUUUAAGGACUUUGUGUACACGCUUAAUUUACUAGUUUAAUAUAGUUUCAUUAUUGAGUAAAAUUAGUAAUAUCCCUUUGCCUUUAUCCCUACCUAUCCAAACUUUUUUUUCUUUUUUUUUUUUUUAAAGAAAUUCUGAAAAAUAGUCAGUAUUUUCUUUUUGUCUUCAAAUGAGAUUUGUACAUUGUUUGAAUUGUAGACCGUAAAGUUAUAUUAUGUAUUAUUAUACUUCAUGACUUUGGAAAUGACCAAUAAAAAUGUAAAUUUCAAAUAGGUGCAUCAGAGACAAAUAAAAAGGGUUUCUCAGAUGCUCUCAUUACAUAGUUUUUUUUUUUUCCUUUUAAACGUUGCCGUAUUUCCCCUUUUACGUAUGUGCCGUAUCCAACAAGCCACAUACCAGUCAGUGGUUGUUAAAUUCAUGACAAUAUGCAUAUGGGCGCAUCCAUUACUCAGUCGCAAUCGGUGGCUACAUUGAAAUUGUAGCGUUGUGCUUCUGCGGUGCGAACUGAUUUUUUUUGUCCUGUGUGUGACAUGCAGUUUCCCUCAUAAACUACAUUUAUUAUGAUUGAUGUGUAGUUCUUGGCACCAUGCAUGGCCUUGUCAUAUAAUUAUCCCUUAACAAGCAGAGAAAUAAAUACAUAACAACUCUAAACAAUGCUAAAAUGCAACAGUUGUGUGUGUUUAACAGUAUGCAGCGUUAUGUGUGUAACUAUAACUCCUGUCACGCACAUCUGACCCAGAUGCAGGUACAUUUUGGGAAUUAUAGUCACAUUACAUAGUAAACAAUAUACAAAACGGCUAUGCAGUAAGAGAAAACAUUGCUGUCUUUCGGUCUUAGAGAAAAAUAAAACCACUUUAACUCGGUCUUACAAUUUAGGUCUCCAGAACCCCUCAAUUUUCUUAUUUUCCCAUCAAACAUGGUCACAAUUUUGGGGUUUACUCACUAAACACCAGCUUAUAAUGAUUUGACAGCUAAAUUGUAAGGUUUAGGCAACAAUAGCUAAUUUGAAAAAGUUGUCCAGCUCAGUUUUAGUCACCACCCGCUAUUUUAACCUGAAUUUUGUGGUUAACAUUUAUGUUCACUACAAUUCAAUACUUAGUCAAUUAACCUUUAUAUCAAUAAAACGAGUGUACAUAAAUUGCAGUUAGAUACUCACAAUCUACAUGUCGUGUGCCCAGAAACUGGAGAACAUUAUCUGAAUAUACAGGUGCAUCAAACCCUUGUGCUAAUGGAAAGAUAGAGGUUUGUUAGCUGAUCAUUUUUGCAAUUCUUAUUCCAUAUGUGCCAAGCCACACGUGACACAGGGGCCCGUGCUGCUCAGUAUGUUACUCUAACGAGGAUAUUCACUAAGGUGAGAAUUUAAUGUGAAUUUAAAGGGAAUAUCACAUUUAAAGUCAAAAUAGCCAAACUGGAAAAAUUCUCUAAGUAAGCUAUUAAAUUUCAGUCACUUUGAAUUCUCAUUUUAGUAAAUAACCCUAUAAAUGUCUUUAAAGUGAUAUAGGUGUGUAAACUAUAUCCCAAAAGAACAUGAAACAUAUAUUUAAUGAAUUUCUAGAAAUCGUCAGUCCAGAUGAGAGGUUAGAGGCCGUACAUGAAGCACUGAUGCUCCUGCCUCCAGCACAUUAUGAGACACUCAGGUUUCUGAUGAUACACCUCAAAAAGUAAGUUGUUUUCUUGUUCCAUCCUAGAAUUCACAGAUCUGCCAGCAAUCAGCAGAACAUAUUGUGAAAUAGUAAAUGUGUGAUCACCUAGUCAGCACUGCUUUUGUAUUGUACUAGCAUGGUGGAUUGAUCAACUGAACAAUGUUUGCUAAAUACUAUAAUUCACUAUCAAAGAUCAGUCUAUUAAAAGGCCAUUUCACUUACUAAGAGACUAAAUCUGUGAGCUAAGUUUAAAUGGAAAUCAGCUUUCAGAUGGACUUGUGGUACAUGUGCCAGGCUUCAUAUGUUAUCGUCGCACUGAUGCAAUAUUAAAUAAACUGAACUCCCCUUGUCAUAAGUAAAAAAUAUAUGCUUCACCAGCUUCAGCGUUUAACCCCUUAAGGACACGACAUAUGUGACAUGUCAUGAUUCCCUUUUAUUCCAGAAGUUUGGUCCUUAAGGGGUUAAAUGGUAAAACGGACACCCCAAGCACCAUAACUACUAAAGCUUAUUGUACUUUUUAUGGUGCAAGGAGUCCUCAGUUGAGAAAAAGGAUAAAUGAGUCAUUUAUUACACGUGAGUUUACAGAGGAAGAGGUUCUAUUUCAACUGUCAAAAGUAAAGACAAAUAAGUCAAUGGGACCUGAUGGAAUACACCCAAAGCUAUUAAAAGAGCUUAGUGGUGUACUAGCAAAACCAUUAACAGAUUUAUUUAACCAAUCAUUGUUAACAGGUGUAGUCCCAGAAGAUUGGAAGUUAGCGAAUGUUGUGCCCAUUUACAAGAAAGGUAAUAGGGAGGAGUCGGGCAACUAUAGGCCAGUAAGCCUUACUUCAGUAGUGGGGAAAGUGAUGGAAACCAUGUUAAAGGAUAGGAUUGAUGAACAUCUAAAAACACAUGGAUUUCAAGAUCAGAGACAACAUGGGUUUACUUCAGGGAGAUCAUGCCAAACUAAUCUUAUUGAUUUUUUGAUUGGGUAACUAAAAUUAUAGAUCAGGGUGGUGCAGUAGACAUUGCUUACCUAGAUUUCAGUAAGGCUUUUGACACUGUUGCACAUAGAAGGCUUAUCAAUAAACUGCAAUCUUUAAGUUUGGAUUCAAAUAUUGUUGAAUGGGUAAGGCAGUGGCUGAGUGACAGGCAACAGAGGGUUGUAGUUAAUGGAAUAUAUUCGAAGCUUGGACUUGUCACCAGUGGGGUACCUCAGGGAUCUGUACUUGGACCCAUUCUCUUUAAUAUUUUUAUUAGUGAUAUUGCAGAAGGUCUUGAUGGUAAGGUAUGUCUUUUUGCUGAUGAUACUAAGAUAUGUAACAGGGUUGAUGUUCCAGGAGGGAUAAGCCAAAUGGCAAAUGAUUUAGGUAAACUAGAAAAAUGGUCAGAAUUGUGGCAACUGACAUUUAAUGUGGAUAAGUGCAAGAUAAUGCAUCUUGGAUGUAAAAACCCAAGGGCAGAGUACAGAAUAUUUGAUAGAGUCCUAACCUCAACAUAUGAGGAAAGGGAUUUAGGGGUGAUUAUUUCUGAUGACUUAAAGGUAGGCAGACAAUGUAAUAGAGCAGCAGGAAAUGCUAGCAGAAUGCUUGGUUGUAUAGGGAGAGGUAUUAGCAGUAGAAAGAGGGAAGUGCUCAUGCCAUUAUACAGAACACUGGUGAGACCUCACUUGGAGUAUUGUACACAGUAUUGGAGACCGUAUCUUCAGAAGGAUAUUGAUACCUUAGAGAGGGUUCAGAGAAGGGCUACUAAACUGGUUCAUGGAUUGCGGGAUAAAACUUACCAGGAAAGGUUAAAGGAUCUUAACAUGUAUAGCUUGGAGGAAAGACGAGACAGGGGGGAUAUGAUAGAAACAUUUAAAUAUAUAAAAGGAAUCAACACAGUAAAGGAGGAGACUAUAUUUAAAAGAAGAAAAACUACCACAACAAGAGGACAUAGUCUUAAAUUAGAGGGACAAAGGUUUAAAAAUAAUAUCAGGAAGUAUUACUUUACUGAGAGGGUAGUGGAUGCAUGGAAUAGCCUUCCAGCUGAAGUGGUAGAGGUUAACACAGUAAAGGAGUUUAAGCAUGCAUGGGAUAGGCAUAAGGCUAUCCUAACUAUAAGAUAAGGCUAGGGACUAAUGAAAGUUUUUAGAAAAUUGGGCAGACUAGAUGGGCCGAAUGGUUCUUAUCUGCCGUCACAUUCUAUGUUUCUAUGUUUCUAUGUUUCUAUGUUUCUAUGUCUACGAGUACAAUAUCUUUUUUUUUUUUUUAAGCUGUCUUCAGACCGUUUCAUAUAAACCGUGAUUCCUUGACACUCUAAGGUGUGAGCAUGCAUUGUGUGUUAGGCUGCCUUGCUGCCUCUUCAUCACCACCACACAACCGAAUAGUUAGGUGGAGCUAUUAGGGCCAAAUCCUGCUUUAGCCUUGCACUCACUACCUACCAUUAGCUCAUCAUGAGUAUGUAUUGCAGAGUAAACUGUAGUGGUUAUGGUUUUAUAGAUUGUCCUUACAGUACAGUAGAGUUUGCUCCUAUGUACUUACAGUUCAAAGCCUAGAAAAGUCCCUGUUAGGGAAUUUAGUGUUGGUGAGUAGAUGCAAAUAUAUUUAGUGUGGAUUUUGUUUACUAAUUAUUAGCAGCCACUGAAUAAUGUUUUCAGGCUCUCCCCUAUUUUCCAGGCAUGUUCUGGGGAACUGACCAAUCAAAGUCUUCUUAUUAUUAUUAUAUUUAUAUAGCGCCAACAAAUUCCGUAGCGCUUUACAAUGGGUGGACUAACAAACAUGUAGUUGUAACCAGACAAGUUUGACGCACAGAAACAGAGUGGUUGUGGGCCGUGCUCAAUGAGCUUACAUAUCAUUGAAAUAUGUCUUUGCUGGUGCCACGAAAUUGCACACCAUCACAACCUUCCAGUACUUCUCAAUAAGCCGGCAAGGCAGGCAGAUGUGCUCUAGCCCAGUGCAGCUGUCUCUUCCGUUUGUGGAACAUAAAGCACUUCAGCAAGUACUGGUCAGUGGGCAGUGUCAAGCCGACUUCAGGACCUCACUAGAGGAGGCUAAGGUGGAGUUUACACUCCCACUCCCAAGCAACACAGAGAGGCUGGACUGCAGGUGCCCAUGGACUCUAUUUUGAUGCAAAAUUAUGUAAAACCCUUUUAACACCGAUCAGAGGGUGAGUGCCAGGUGACCGCAGCCACUGUAACCACUUAAGUAAAGUGGUUAUAGUGCCUGGAGUAUCCCUUUAAGCAGGUCCACCGUGAUGUUGUUAACUCUGUUUCCCCUUCUCUAAUUACAGGGUUACGCAGAAUGAGAAGGACAAUCUGAUGUGUGCGGAAAACCUUGGAAUAGUGUUUGGACCUACACUGAUGAGGCCUCCUGAAGAAAAUGCAUUCACAUCUCUUAAUGAUAUGAGAUAUCAGAAGUCAAUUGUGCAGAUCUUAAUACAACAUGAAGAUGUAUUAUUCUGAAUAAAUGAAGGUCCGCCUCUUUCAGUCAGCGCUUUAAGCGGCCAGUUCAAGGCUGUGCAGAUUUAUACUGUAAAGUUCACUAGCUGAACUCAGAAUUCUUUUGUAUUGCAGGACACAGAACAUGCCAAAAUAUUUAAUAUAACAUGUGUCUCAUAGACAUAUGAACAUAUCUCCUUUAAGAGAAGGGGAACAUUUACCCUGAAAAUGUUGUAGAACCUCCUUUACUGUAUCCAAAAAGAAAAAUGUAUUUUUGAAUUGAAUUUUCAAAUUCAGACUGAAUGAAGUAAUGUUGUCUAAGCAUAGCUUUUUUUUUUUUUUUCUUAAGAUUACCUGAACUGCUAUCUUUGUACAUUUUACUUGUUCAUACUGACGUACGGAAAUAUUUUUAUGUUUUAUUUUGCAGUUGUGUAAAAUGGUAUAUUUCACCAAGCAGUAUGAAGUAAGAGAAUAUUAAGUAAUAAUUUACUUCAUAGAUUUAUUCCUUCAUGAAAAAAAAAUCUAAUAGCUUUCAAAAUAAUGUAAUAUCAGUGUGAGUUUAAUUAUAAUUUUAUAUUUGACAUUUUAAAGUAUCAUAGGGUUUUUCCACUAAACAAAGGAAUUGUGGGGAAUGAAACAAGAUGGCCACUAUAGAAAUAUAAUAAGUUGGAGUUGAAUACAUUUUCCAAUCAAGUUAUUUUUACCUAAAAUCUGCAAUCUUAAAAGCCCAACAGGAACAACAGUGAGAUAUGCCUAUGUGUAUGCACCCAUAUAUGUAAAACGCAUAGGCAAUCUAUUUUGGAUAUACUUUAACUCUCUCUGAGUCAUUCUUUUAGUUUUUUGUUUUUUUUUAUAUUCACAUUAAUCAUGAAACAUGAGCUUAGAAUUGUAUUGUUCCUGCAGUGGAUUCAAAUUUCAGAUUUUGCGGUAUCAAGUGGCAGAAUUACCAUAUAUCAUUUCCCGAGAAGACUUACAUACCACUUGGCAUGCAACCAAGUUAGCUAAACAUGUCCUAAAAUCUGUAGUCCCCUUGUCAAUUCUCCCCCCCCCCAAAAUCCCUGUCUAGUGAUAAAUCCCUUGAAUUAAUUUUCAAACUUCUUUAAUUAAUCAUUGGGAAAAUGCCUCAUAGUUGAUUCUAACGGAAUUUGCAAAAUAGAAAGACUUUACUUUUUUCCCAAGAAAUAGCUGAAAUAACCACUUUUUUAAAAUCAGCUUCUUGUCAUAGUUAUAAGAAUUAAAGCACAAUUGUUCUUAACUGCAGCUACAAAAUAGCACACACGGUGUACAAUCUCCAGUGCAAAUGCGUGUCUUGUGCGUAGCACUUCAAAGCUGCAAAACGAGGUGGAAAGUUAGGAGAAUAAUCAGAGCUGCACCCACUGCUUCCUUCUUUGUGUUUUACAUGAUAUUUUGGCUUAUGCUGAUGUCAGAAUUACCAUUACUUCUAACAACCACAUAGGCAAAAUAUUCAAUUUUUUCCAGUGUUACAGUGUUAUUUAUCUGAACGAUCUUUAAAAUGAAAAUACCUUUUUUUCUUACCUCUAAUUUUUUGUAAAGUAAUCCAUACAAUAUUAUCUCCAAGCCAUUUAUUUUAUUUACCAGUUAAUAGAAACCAAGUCGGAUACACAGGAUACACUCUGAUUUGUCUUUUCGACUCCCCUUUCAAACGUCAAUAUUUGUAUUCACACCAAAUUAUUUUACACCUCAUGAUGUCAUUUUUGCAGUUACUGCAUUGCUACCAGGUGACAGUCUAUUUUUCCUAGCCUUUACAAUAUUUUUAAAUAGUGCGUAUUCUGUAGGUGGACCUUGUACUUAGUUUACACAACGCAUCAUUGUUGUGUCACGGAUCAGACAGAGUUCCCUAGUCUAUUUUCUGUUUUUUUUUGUCAACUUUCCAUUGAGUUACUCGAGCAUCACCUUUUAAAACAGUAAAAUCCCACAUCCAGCUUAUGCUUUUCUCCCACGCCUACAAACAUACAUGUACACAUUUGUAUGGCAUACCCCUUUUAAAUCCGUGGGUCCCUUUUGGUUUCUCCAUUAUCCAAAGGAUAAGGCAUAGAUCUUCACAGUAUUCUUGUAAUUGCAAUAAAACUGGAAGGUAUAAAUAGGAAAUGGACCGGUUAUUCAACUAUCUCAUUAUUUAAACCCUUUUUUAUUAAUUUGUCUUGAUUUUUUGGUAAAUACCGUUUAACUAAAUUGGUUUCUGUCUAUAUUGUAAGCUUGUGUACCACAAAGAAGAAAUUGGCAGCCUUCCCCACCCUGCGCAUGUGAGAUAAUAUGAGGCAUUUUAUUUUUUCAACCCAAUGCUUACAAACAAACUGACAGCAAAAUUCACACCGUAAGGGUAUGGUUAAGGGUAGUUGGGAGUAAGCAUUAAGUUCCAGGGGACUGUAACACUAUUUACCUGGCCGGAAAGGAAUCUCACUUACAGUUUCGAGCAUCUUGCACAUCUUGCAUCUCCACCAUGACACCCCUAAACCUACCGUAUGCAAUAACAGCAUGAAGUACUGCAGUAUUGCUGGUGCUGUAUUGGUGGCUCAUCAUUGUAAACGGCUUAAUAAUAACAUCAUAUUCUUUAUUUCAGCAACUUUAUAAUGAUGGAAAAUUUUCAUGUCAAUAUUUUUGAAGGUGACAUUUUUUACGUGAAUCAACAGGCAGCAGGUCUGUCUUCGGGAUAAAUUGGUGCUUUCAAAGUUCUUGACAUUGUCACAGUACUUUCUGUUGAGGGUACUGCUUAGUACUGAACGUUUGAUGGUACACAUGGGCCCUAUUUGUUUUACCAGCCAUAUUUAGAUUGGCAAAUGAUCUCUCAUAGAUACAAAUGGUAUUCACUUAAAGUAUAUUUUGGCUUCAUACUUAAAUGUGUAAUGGAUUUCCUGUUAUCCACCUCCAUAACAUAAUUGUAUAUUUUGAAGGACCGUGCUGGAAACGGCAAGGGGGGGGGGGGGGGGGGGGGGGGGGGGGGGGGGGGGGGGGGGGGGGAGGGGGGAGUGUAUGCUAGAUGGGGUAUAUCUGGCCUGUAAUAGAAAUUAUGUUUUUGUUUUCGUACAAUUUUAAUGUAGUAUGUUUUCCACAUGCAGUGCAUUUUUGUAAUAUAUUUAUCAGUACAUUUGUAUGACAUAUUGAUGAUAUUCUGAGGUUGGCUUCCCAAAAUGUAAAUGUCCGUCUUACUAAAUGUAUCUGAUUACAAUAACUGCUUCCAUUGCAGUGAUCAAAAUACCGGCAUAGCACAUUGUGAAGCCAAUCUUCUGAUUGCUACUUCUGUAAAGGAAAACCCUUUGUCCUUGUUUCUAAUGCCAAGUGCAUUGUAUGACUAUUCUGUUGUUCUGUACACAUAUUUGCCAUUCGUGAUAUUUAAAUCAAUUGCUAACUGUAUCUAUCAGGUGUUAUCCAAACGUUCUACGAUUUCCCCUUUCGUGACUGCACUUCACAGAGAAAACAGAUGCUCACUUCUUCUUUUUUAUUAUGAAUAUUAUAGGGUAACAUAAAACAUUAACAAAGAUAUGUAAAACAAUACAGUUUAAGUAGUUUAAACACACAGCUUCAGGAAGGUGUCUGACUGUACUGAUUCAUCAUAAUGUUUUCUCAGAAUGGCCUUUUGUCCUUUAUCGUUUGCUAGCGCCGACCAAUACGUAGCAUUUACUGACUAGUGAAAUCUGUAGGCAUGUAGCCAGCCAUCACACAGAUUUCCCUUUAGCAGUGGUAUGCCUAUCUGGUGGAAUUCUAUAGUCACCGUCAUGUUAAAUAAAUUUCAAAUCUGGAUUUAGCAGACAAAGCUAAGUUCUAAAACAUUUAGAAAUCAGAAAAUAUGAAUACGAGUGCUUCAUCAUAAAGAUUAAAGCCAGCAUUCAGAUGUAUUGAACACCGCUGUGAACUAACACUCCUCAAACCUUUAAAACAAUCUGCAGCAAAUUUACAUUAAUUGUCAGUAGCGCAUUGGCAGAUCCAGGGGGGGAGUAGCGUAGAUAUAAUUAUCACUUUUACAUUCUUCAUUUGGUUAGAUGGGGAAAAACUAAGGAACAUUUCCAAUAAACAGUGAAUUGUCAUGAGUUGACAGUAAAAAUAAAAGCAACAAGUCAGUGAUUUCCCAUUUUUAACCUAAAUGCUAAAGAGGUCAGGUCAGGUUAUGACACGUCUGUAAAUAACUCCCUAGAUCUCAUUGCUAUUUUGCUUGGCCAAAUCACGGUUUGCUUUAUAUUUAUUUCAACCACUUGAGAACAUCAGUAGCUACUAUAUAUACAUAUACUGCGGAGAAAAUCUUUCUCUUUAAAUGCUAGAGGUACUAGUCUCCAACACUCACAUCGGCAGAGAACAAGGCCUGGGGUAACAGUGCAGUCUCGGAAGGUUUACUCUAGAUUCCUUUUCAUAUUUUUCAAAGUUUAGUUGGCUUGAAUUUGCUUUUGUCAUGAACUAUUCUACUGCUGUUGUUAUAUUGUUUGUUGCUUUUUUUUCCAGUGUGCUUUUAUAGCAAAUUUAUUUUGUGAAAUUAGUUGAAAUACUUGUAAUUUAUGAACAUGUCAAGUCAUGAAAUUGAAACAAUAAAUAUGAGGAUAUUUA